AUGGUCCGAGCUCCUAUUGCCAGAAGGGUCAUAUUGCGCCCUCUUUCUACCUACACCCCAGCCUUUGCUGUGUAUAAAGACAAAGGUAUAACCAUAGAAGCACCUGUAUAUAACGAGAAGAGUGGUAAGUUGGUGGACUCGUUGAAGUAUGCCAAUGAUAUCGAGAAGACUAGAAAACAAAUAAAGGCUAUACCCAAUAGCAAGAAGGCACCUAUUCUACUCUCCAAGAUUCAACCCUACCCGGAACUACUCUUCUUCCUAGCCAGAUUCCAUAAGGACUUGAAGAAGAUUGGGAUCACUAGAGAGACUACACAUAAUGAAAAAUUAGGCAAAGUGUGGAAGUAUAGGAUACAAUAUAUACUCCUGUUGCAGAGAUUGCACACCAAUUUCUUCGAACACUGUAGACUAUUGGAGCUCACACAGCAGACUCACAAGCUUGGGUUCUCUCCAACCAAUAUUGGGAUACUCGACCCAUGCAACUUCACUCAGGAGAGUAUUGAAAAAUUGGAAUCUGGAGAAUUCGAUGGAGUGAAAUUUAACCAUGUAGUGAUGCACGGAGCCGAUUUCAAGUAG